UCUGUAAUAAACUUAGCUUUAAUAUUUUUUUAUUCGAAUAGAUGUCGCCAGAAUCAUUAAUUUUCAUAAAAAGUAAAACAAAUUUUGUUGACGUUGUAUUUGUCCGUGUUUAUUUUGAGUAACUAGGUAGGGAAGAACAUUAUUGUAUAUCGUUAAUACAAUAGUGUUAAUUUCAUUCGUGUAGGAUAGGAAAUAGUAUUCAAGGUUUUCUACGUCUUGUCCUAAAACAAAGCUAUUGUUUUUCAUUUUCUUAUUCCAUUAAAUAAAAAACUGUGAUAGUGAUACAUUCUUCUAGUGAAUUUUCUUUAUUUACAAAGCUGUUUAUAAUUUCGUUAUUAUAAAGAGGAAAAGUGAAGUCACAUGGAAUCCUAACCACAAUCUUCGAGAUUCAAGACUUACGAGAUUGUUUUGUUUUUACUCUGAUUCUCAAGUAUCAGUUCUCACUGAAAUGGAGUUUCAAACAUAACCUCUAAUUGUAUUGUAAUGGAAUCUGAAGAAGCCCUCAAAUAUUACCUAGAUGAAGUUAAGGAUUCACAAAAUGAUAUAAAUAAUAUUGAAGAAGAUAUACAUAUACCAAACGAAGCUGAACAAGCUACCGAUUUCCUUCAAAAUGCGGGUUUAACUGAUUUAAGUAAUCUCUAUCAAGAGGGCAAAGAGAUAACUGAAAAUGUGAUCAAAGACUCAGUUAGACAACGGAAUUUGACUGAAAAGCAGGCCCAGACGAUAAGAUCUCGGGUACGAACCCUAAAUAAAACUCUAAGGAGCCGGCAGCCAAGAAGAAAACAAAGACAGGACAUCAGAGACGUAUCAUGGAAUGUCGAGACUUCAAGUACUGGGACUCGUUCACGAUCUGCUACUCCUGAUUCUCUUGAUUCCCUCGAUGUCUUAAAUGAUGAACUUACAUCAGAUGAAGAUCAGCAGUUGAAUUCGUUAAAUCCGUUUUCACUGGAUAGUCAACAACCAGGUGUCAAAACGAAAAUAAAAUGGACGAAUAGUGAACCGUGGCAACACAGGAAGUACAGAGGUGACAGAGGAGAUGUCGCACAUUCUGGAUCCGAAAAUGUAAUACUUAAAGGUUACCAAGUUCUUACUGAAAAUGGAACGUUACCCAGAUCGACGAGAGAACGAAGCGGCAGUGAUCCUACCACAGAAAUUCACCUGCAGCCUUUAAAAAAUCGUCACUCCGCUGAAAUAUCAAGGAAUAAGUUAACUAACCUUCACACUCAGUUGUCUCGAAGCCAUACUAGUAUAUCAUCGAAAAAUAAUACUUCAAGUAAAAUUUAUAUAACCAAUACCGAAACCAAUGAAAGUGAAGCUGUGAGUUUUGAAGGACUAUUAAAGGAAAACGAAAUUGAGGAUAAAACCAGUAUUAGUCAGAAAUUCGAAAAUGAAGGUGUUUGCAUUGAUCAAUUAACUGAUAGCGAAUAUCAAUAUUUGAAACCUCUUUUAUAUAUGGAACUAGUGGCCAUCUUUGAUCAAUACAAAAUUGUUAAGAGUUACUUAAAAAGAAAAGCCAGUAAAAAUAAAGGGGGUAAUGUAUUCGGAGUGAACCUUUCAACCCUAGUGAUGCGUGAUAUGCCUAGACCUACGGACAACUCGAUGAUUCCCGAAAUAUUUCAGACUGUCAUCAAAGAACUGAAUGUGAGGUGUAUACAAGAGGACGGAAUACUUCGCAUCGCUGGACAGAAACAAAAACUUGAAACGCUUUACAAUGAAAUAGAAACCAAAUUUUAUAAUAAUAGGAAAGAUGUGGAAAGUUUGCUCAAUCAAGCAACUGUUCAUGAAUUAACUGGUAUAUUGAAAAAGUUACUGAGAGAUUUACCUGAUCCCGUAUUUACGAUGGAGUUGUUUGAAAUGUUCUAUAAAACAAGCUUGAUAACAAAUACCGAGGACAAGGUAAAAGCAUUAAAUUUGCUGGUGUUGAUGUUGCCAAUAGAACACAGAAAUACUUACCGAUUACUCUUAGAAUUUUUUUUGAAUGUUGUGAACAACGAAAAACAUAAUAGAAUGAAUCUUCAUAAUGUUGCUAUGAUCACUGCACCUUCAUUAUUUCCUCCAAGACUGUUAUUACCUAAGGAUAACAAUAAGUUAAUAUUAAAACACCUAUCAAAAGAAGAUUUAACCAAACAGAUCAAAGAUGCUGCAGUUUGUUGCUGCAUAGUAGAAACCAUGUUAAAGGCUGGUGACAAAUUGUGGUCUGUACCGGAUUACUUAGCGGAACAAGCCCGAGAAGCACAAAAGAGCGCGCAAAUACGGAGGGACUUGAGCAAAGACAAAGAUAAAAGAAUUCGGUCUGGUAAAACCAAAUUGGCGAGAAGUAGUACUCAGUACGAAUCUGGUAACAAGAAUUUACCAAGAAUUAAGCGGGACUUCUUCAUUUAGUUGUAGUUUUAACUCAUUCCAUUUUUAUGUACCUUUUAAAACAGUUGGUGCCUCAUUAUUAAUACGAAUUUUUAAUAAUACACGUAUGUGUUGUGAUUGAAGUAUUUACAGAAUAAUUUAUACAAUGAAUGCAUGUGCCAAAAUACAAAGUUUUAUAUAAGAGUAUGUUUAUUUAUUCUAAAUACAUUUUUAAUUCUAA